AUGUGCUCAAUAUAUUUGCAAGUUCUUAUUAACAAUCUUACUGAUGAAGUUAUUCCACAGAAAUGUGAAGAGCUUUUCAAUCAAUCACAUCCAUCGAAAUGUCAAUUAGCUGUUAUAUCGGAUGUUGAUUUACUAAAAGCAUAUAUUAAUAGUGGAAUAAGAAGUGAUCUGUCUCUUGCUCGCAUUGACCCUACAAUGUUUAAAGCGUCGGGAAUUCUGUGUCAAUGCACUUUCUUGAAAAAUGGGAAUACAACGACUAGUCCAACGAGAGAACAAUUCAGCACCACUGGACCUAUCAUUGAAACUACAACAUCAUUCACGAAGCGAGUGGAAUUGAUCAAGUAUUUAUAUGGCAUUGUUAUGUUCUUUAUUCUACAUUGUGUGCUGUAA